AUGGAUAGGAUCAGUAAUCUAUCAGAUGAUUUGCUCUUGAAGAUUGUUUCGUCACUUCCUACCAAAGAUGUUGUCUCCACGAUGAUUUUGUUGAAACGAUGGAGGUUUCUUUGGACGAUGGUUUCAAAACUUUAUUUUUGUGAUAGUUUCGUACUCGAUCAUUCAACCUACAUAAGGUUUCGAAACUAUGUGGACAGAUCAAUGUUAUUGCGUAGAGGUCCGGUUUUAGAAACUCUGAAGUUCGACGUUGGUCCUUGUUGCAACACUAUAGAUAUGUCAAGAUGGAUCCUAACUGGAAUAGUUCAGGAUGUGCGUGAACUUGAAAUUAUUCACUUUGAAGAAGAAUAUUUCGAGGAACAUAGACCAAGACCAAUCAGAUUACAAAAGACUCUUUAUACUUAUGAGAAGCUCGAGGUCUUGAAACUCAGUUACUCGAUUCUUCUAGAUGUCCCUGUCGAUGUUUGUUUUCCGUCCUUGAAAACAUUACACCUUAUAUGUGUAGAGUACAAAACCAGAGACAGCCCGAUGUGUAGGCUUUUAUCGGGCUGUCCUGUUCUUGAGGAUUUGGUGUUGGACAUAACUGAAAACAACAUUAAUGCUUUGCAAUCUUUCUACUUACAAAGAUUAUCUAUACUUGAUACAUAUAGACAACCAAACUACAACUGUCAAGAUCAUAUGACUAUGAUUAAUGUUCCGUCUUUGAAGUACUUGAGCUUUGUAGAUUACUAUGGUGACUUGUGUUUGAGUGAGAAUAUGCCUAAGGUGGUUGAGGCAAAUGUUAAAGUUGAAUUUGUUUACAAAAAUCCCGAGAAGCUACUGUGGUCUCUUCCAUCAGUCAAGCGCCUUUACUUAUGUUUAUCCGCUUCCAUGCUGCAACACCACAUUGGAUUUUAUCAUCUUGUUCAUUUGGAGCUAUAUCCAAGUCUCCAAGAGUGGUGGAAUCUACUUACUUGGAUGCUUGAAAGUUCUCCUAAACUACAAGUUCUCAAGAACUGCGAGUGUAACGAACGCCCUUGUACAACAAUGCCCAUUAAAGGUCAUUGGACAAGACCAAGUUCAGUUCCUGAAUGUUUGAUGUUCCAUCUACAUACUUUCAAAUGGAAAGAUUAACAGAAGAGAAGAGGCGGCGAAGAGAAGAAAAUUGUGGCGUACAUCCUAAAGAAUGCAAGACAAUUGAAGAUUGCGGGUAUAUCUGUGUUUAAAUACGUUUCGAAGGCAAAACGAUCUGAGAAACGCAAUGAGUUGGUUUCUCUGCCUAGAGCUUCAAGCUCAUAUCAGCUUCUGCUGGAUUGA